ACUUUCGCAAAUAAUAAACCAUUGACUCACAGGCUUGACUCUGAACGUUUCUGCAGAGCUCAUAUAACCCAUCGAUCGAACAUUAGACAUCUUUCAACGACUUGAAGACUUGUCCAGCAGUGUCCCUCCUCAUAUUUGCACUCUCAUACCAUCCUGAGUCACCAUGUCGACUUUCGGGGAAUAUUUCAGAGUCACGACCUAUGGCGAGUCUCAUUGCCGCUCCGUUGGCUGCAUUGUCGACGGCUGCCCGCCGGGCAUGGAGCUCACCGAAGCCGACAUUCAGCCUCAGAUGACUCGGAGACGACCUGGCCAGAGUGCUAUCACCACUCCUCGCAACGAAAAGGACCGCGUCGAGAUUCAGUCGGGCACCGAGUUCGGAGUCACCCUGGGCACGCCCAUUGGAAUGAUGGUUCGCAAUGAGGACCAGAGACCCAAGGAUUAUGGCAACAGCACCAUGGACCUCUACCCUCGCCCCAGCCAUGCUGACUGGACCUAUCUGGAGAAAUACGGUGUCAAGGCCAGCAGUGGAGGUGGCCGAAGCAGCGCAAGAGAAACCAUUGGCCGAGUUGCCGCUGGAGCCAUUGCCGAGAAAUACCUUCGUCUCGCUCACGGCGUUGAAAUCGUCGCAUUCGUUGGCUCCGUCGGAAACGAGCACCUCUUCCCUCCUACCCCCGAGCACCCUACCUGCUCUACGAACCCCGCCUUCCUGCGCCUCCUCGAUACCAUUGACCGCAAGACUGUCGACUCCUUCCUCCCCGUCCGGUGCCCAGACCAGGGGGCUUCUGACCGCAUGUCCGAGCUGAUCGCUAAGUACCGUGACGCCCAAGACAGCAUUGGCGGCACAGUCACCUGCGUGAUCCGCAACGUGCCCACCGGACUCGGCGAGCCCGCGUUCGACAAGAUGGAAGCCAUGCUCGCACACGCGAUGCUCAGUAUCCCCGCAACCAAGGGUUUCGAAGUCGGUUCAGGUUUCGGCGGCUGCGAAGUUGCCGGCUCAAGGCACAACGAUCCCUUUAUCGCCAGCAGCACUCCCGUUACUCCCCUGGCAUCUGGUGCCUCCACGCCUGCUCCUGGCACAUCCACUCCUCAGCAGCAGCAACGACCCCGUCUGACUACCAAGACGAACAACUCGGGCGGUAUCCAAGGCGGCAUCUCCAACGGUGCCCCGAUUUACUUCCGCGUCGCUUUCAAGCCCCCCGCCACAAUCGGCCAAGCGCAAACCACAGCCACCUACGCCUCUGAAGAAGGCAUCCUCGAAGCCAAGGGCCGUCACGACCCCUGCGUUGUCCCCCGCGCUGUGCCCAUUGUCGAAGCCAUGGCCGCUCUCGUCAUCAUGGAUUCCCUUCUCGCGCAACAAGCGAGGCAUACUGCCCGCAGCUUGCUCCCGCCCUUGAAGCAGACCCUGCCCACUCAGUAGAUAUGUAUAUGCGACCCCAGCGCAAGGCUGCUGUUAUGUCCAGAAGCUUCUGAUUGACGUGUCUAUGUUUAUUGUUUAUUGUUUGCCGUAUGUCGUAUGUUGUCAGCCAGGCAGGACCUGCGGUGUUCCUUUUAUUUUAUUUUAUUUUACCUUUUUUCUCAUUUAUCCAUUCAUUGUUUGCUUGUUUGGUUUUUCAAAGAAAAAAGUUUCCCUUGAUAUUCUUCUUUAUUCGUCUAGAUGAAGCAAGUGUACAUUGGACCGAGAUCCCAAGGAUACAUCUUGUCCCCUUGGGAUCCGGGGAUUCAAAGUACAUGGCGAGAUAUAGGAUAGUAUACAUAUGAUAAUAAACUCUUUACCUCCCU